AUGGGCGGAAACUCAUCAACCAAUGACGAUAAAGAUAGACAAGAAAAAAACGAACAAUUGGCCGAUCGAUUAUUUGCUUAUCCACUGUCAUCAGAAAUUGUUCCACCGGCUAAAUCUUGGUCAGCGAGUCCACGUGCUGGGAAGCGUUUUCGUGAAGACUUUAUCGAUGGCCCAUUAGAACAGAAAUGGCAACGUCGAAAAUGA